CAGACCAUGCCACGCUUACUCGUGCUCUUCCCGCUACUGCUUCUGUUGCUGCCACCGCUAGUCCCGGGCCUCGGGCUCUUCGGCGCGGGCGGCCGGCGCCCCGAGUGCGGUCCGUGCCGGCCGGAGCUCUGUCCAGCGCCGGUGCGCUGCCCGGAACCGGGAAUUCCGGCACGCGACGAGUGCGGCUGCUGCGCGCGCUGCUUGGGCGCGGAGGGCGCGAGUUGCGGGGGGCAGGCUGGCGCGCGCUGUGGCCCGGGGCUGGUGUGCGCGAGCCGCUCCACAGGGGCGGCGCCCGAGGGCACCGGGCUCUGCGUGUGCGCGCAGCGCGGCGCAGUCUGUGGUUCCGACGGCCGCUCCUACCCCAGCAUCUGCGCGCUGCGCCUGCGUGCCCGGCACGCGCCCCGCGCGCACCCGGGCCACCUGCACAAGGCGCGCGACGGCCCCUGCGAAUUUGCUCCUGUGGUCAUCAUUCCACCCCGGAGUGUUCACAACGUCACCGGGGCACAGGUGUACCUGUCCUGUGAGGUGAGGGCUGUGCCUCCCCCAGUCAUCACGUGGAAGAAGGUCACACAGUCUCCUGAGGGAACCCAGGUGCUGGAGGACCUGCCUGGGGACCAUGUGAAUAUAGCUGUUCAGGUGCGAGGGGGCCCUUCUGACCACGAGGCCAUGGCCUGGAUUUUGAUCAAUCCUCUGAAAAAGGAGGAUGAGGGAGUGUACCAGUGCCAUUCCGCCAACACGGUUGGGGAGGCCCAGUCCCACGGCACGGUGACAGUUAUCGAUCUGAAUGCAUACAGAUACCCCUACUUCCCGGCUCCCGAUGACCGCAUGUGAUGGAGGUGUUAGAAACACUGAUCACAGGAUGAUGGAAAAGUGAAGUCAUGGAUUGUUUCGCUUUGUGAAGGGUUGGGAAAACUGUGUUUGUAGAUGACCCCUUUUGUAUGUUCUUAAAAACUAGACACAAACUAGCUUCAUAUGCAGAUGUAGUUUUUAGCAGGGAAAACACAGGGGAAACAGACGGCAUGUAGCUUUUUUAUACCUUUGAAAUGAAUUGCUCUGUGAGAAUUUUUUUUAACUACUCCUGCCCAGGGAAGAUUGCUUCGUGGUGUAUUUGUACUUCUAAAGGGCUGAAUGAGGCUGUGUCAGCUGUGACUCUUUACCUCAUUUGUCUGUGGCUGAUCAGUGCAGCUCUGUGACUUUGUGUUGUACGAAGAAGGAGGAUGUUCCCUCUGUCUUCUGUCUGACCUCUAACUUGCUGUGUGACCUGGACAGGUCUCUCCUCUCUCUGGGCCUGGGUCUCUUCACCUGUAAAUGGGCACUUGGACCGGAUGUUACCGAUGUGCUUUCGAGCCCUGCCAUCAUAGAGUAAGAUGGCCCUAUGGAAAAAAUACAGGAAACGUAGUCUUAACAUGCUUUUUAAAAUGGUAUUCCCUCAAAAAUAAAUGUCAUUGCUUCAUAAUAGGGUAUGGACAGCUGGCUAUAGCUCGUCUGUUUCUGCCGUUUUCCCAUUUUAAAGAGAUUUAGUCCUAGAUGGGACACUUUACCAGACUCAGGGCCCCCUUGGCUGGGCAUUUGGGAACCAAGAUGUCCACUUGUUAACAAGCCCAGCAUUCUCUAGCCAGAUGGGCAGUGGAGACCUGAUUUCUGGACAUCACAUUGUCAAAACAGGGUCAGAAGCUCUCUCUGGGCUGUGAAAUGAGAGUGUAGUAGAAUAUAUUUUACUUAGAGAUGGUUUGACCUUAUCCAGGAAUAAUUCUUUCUUUCUUUUUUCUUUUUUUAAUGAAGAAAGAAAGAAGGGGAAUAUUUAAUAUCUGGGCUAAAAAAAAAUCCCCUAGAUGAUUAACCUUUUUUUAAAGUCAAUUGGGAUCUCACAUGUGGAUAGCCCUUAAAGUUUGUGAAGUUCUUUGUCCUCUGUGGUCACUUCCCAACUCCAGGACAGCAGGCAGGGUAAGGAUUACUGUCCCUUUACAGAUGAAGAAACCAGGCUCCAAGAGUAAAGCACUUGCCCAGCGUCUAAAGGCCUCUGGAAGGACCAGAACUCAGGGCACUUGGCCUUUCUUGGCACCCUGUCCACACCGUGUGCCGCUUCUCAGGAUCAUCUCAUAACUAGGAAACGGGAGAGGCUGCUAGACCACAGGUUCCGGGACUCCUGUCCAAUUCCAUCUCAAUUUUUAAAGCUCAUCCUCAUGGCGCCCACAGUGGGCAUGCCAUUUUGGGGUCUUUUUUGGAAUUGCAUUUUCUGUCUUAAAGGCUGGCCGGCCCAGAUCUUAAGUACUAGGUUGGCAUCACCCUGAUGUACCACACAGCAGGAGACUGGCCUGGGACCCCAGAAACAUGAGGUCCAUUUGGGAAUUCAUCCCUGGCUUGCUGUGUGACCCUGAGCAAGUCCCCUUCAGUUUCUGAACCUUGUUUUCCACAUUUGAAUAAGAAGGGUAUGAAACUAGAUGGGUGCUUUUCAAACUUUAAAACAUUGGAACCCCUUCUUCGGAUAAAGUUAGGAUUGAAACUGAUCAAGCGGGGGGCUGUUGGAAGUUGGGGCUGCCAGGGGACCUGCUCACAUCCCCUCUGUGCUCAGUACUCCUACCCGUCUUCCACUCACUCCCACGGUGAUUUCUGUAUCCAGGGUCUGCAGUUAAUUCCUCUGUGAUUUGAAUGGCUGAUACGACACUUAGUGAAACGGUGUCAGGAGGAAUAGGGAUGCUGAGGCCUUGGAGAAGGUCCUAGAACAUCAUGCAUCUGCCAAUAAGCACAUUUAGCAAAAUCAGUUGAAUCCCCUCAAAUUUGCCCGAUGAAAAUUGGACAGCUGGAUCUAAACCCAGAGAGCAAGGUAGACAGAGCCCUGUGAUGACAGAGCUGAGCAUCAAGACUGCAUGAGGCUGGGGGUAGCAUCAUAACCGUGUGCAAAAAGUAAUAAUAAUAAACGUUACACUGUCUGAAAUUUUCACCAAAACCAAAAACAUGACUGUUCCAACCUAAUGCCUUUUCACCGGUGAGCGCCCUAAGACGUCUGCAGAGGCUUAGAGAACAUGGGCUGUGGCUGUUAUCAUUUGGCAACACGCUCCCCUUAGCUUGUGUUUUCUGCCCUAUUUUCACAGAUGUGAUGACGUCACCUGACCCCUGCACCCUGAAAAUAAAUGUUUUGUAAGGACA